AGGAUAACAGAUGGAGGUGGGAUUUGAACCUACAACCUUUGGGUAAAAGGCAGCAGCUCUAAUCAGUCAGUACAUUACCAGCUGCUCAUAUUACUGGCCUUUAUUUAACUAACGUCUUUGCUGAAGUCAUCUUGUAUGUUAGAGAAGGAGUUCCACAAAAAUGUACUUAUCUACACCUGAAGGGUAUAUUGCUGUGUGGGUGAAAUUAAAGUUGAAUUUAACCUUGUGUGUGAAGAUUCCGAUAGCAACAGUAGGCUUUGAAGAACAAACCUUCUGAUUGCAACAAGGCCACAGUCCUAACGAGCUCUCUUCUCACUUCUUUUGUCUGGGUUGCUAAGAGAUUACUGGGCAUCUGACAUUCAGUAACGUAAGAGGAAAAAGUCAUGGUCGAAGACAGAGGAUGAACAUAAAACGAAAGCACAUGCUAAGAUCACGUGCUCGCUCCAGCGAGACAUUUGGUGCUCUCCGCCAAUCGCACGAAAAGCAGUGCGCAUGCGCCCAGGGACCCUGCGAAAUUGGGCAGCGAACACGACUGCGAAUUGAACUGCUUUGGUGAGAGAUCCGUGCUGCCGUUCACUCCUGGACUGUGGGCAAGUGACAGGCACGGUAGACUGGCAGCCUGUUGGCGAGCAGCCGUGCACUCCAAGCUUCACUUCGCAGCCGCUCCUCUCUAGCAUGGAGGGUGAAGGGGUUGCUGUGGGCAACCUGAUUGACUUUGAUGUAUCGCCAUCUGUUGGUGGGACAGCACCCUCUGCUGACCCUCAUGAUGCUGCAAGGUAUGCCUCAGACCUUUUUGCUGGGCAGCCCUUGCUCCCGGAGCCCAUCAUCCCAUGUGGUGCUUGGACCGAUGCUCAGUCUUCUGCACCCCCGUGUGGCGAUGGUGAUGGCAACAAUGAUCGAGAUGGAGGCAAUGACAGCGAAGCCACAGAGUCAGCAGAUAGCGAGAAUGAUGAGACCAACUCGCCCUCUCACACCUGGAGCUCCUCACGUCGUUCAUCCUCCUCAUCCGGUCACAGUGCAGAGGAGGUCGCUCCUGAAGUAGCUGAAUGCAGGGAAUUUAUGAAGAACUACGUGGAGAAGAUGUUCUACGGCAAGGAGGAGUUUGAGCAAGAGGAGAAGGCACGCUUCGGGGAGCUGUGCAGCGGGGAAAAUAACAAAGGCAGGGAGUGGUUUGCCAAGUAUGUCAGUGCACAGCGCUGCAACUCUAAAUGUGUCUCAGAACAAACCUUCUACAGACUGGUGCAGGCCUUCGCUGUGGUGCUGUUUGAAUGCUACCAGAUGGAUGAUUACAGCCCAGCCAAAAACCUCAUGACAAUGUGUUUCACUUACUACCACAUUGGCCGGUCUCAGCUGUCCCCGACAGAACUGCUGGAGCGCCCGACCAGCAGCAUUGACUCCUAUCUUCGCAGCGCCAACAGCUGGCUGUCGGGCAAGAAGGACAUGGCCGAGCGGCUGCUGAAGAACACCUCAGCCAAGACGGAUGUUAAAGGCUUCUUUGGGGGUUUGGAGAGCAAACUUAGGGGUCCUUCUGUGAACAAGACUGAAGAUACAGAGAGUCCUGUUGAAGGGAAGCCCAAGACACCUGUUUCUCCUGAGUCCCCUGAAGGAAAGAAGGGGGAGAAGAUCUAUCUCUAUACUCACCUUAAACAACAGCCAAUUUGGCACACUUUAAGAUUUUGGAAUGCAGCAUUUUUUGAUGCUGUCCACUGCGAAAGGAAAAAGCGAUCACCCACAACCAGGCGGACGGCCGAGGACGACACCCAAGAGAGGGAGAAGUGGUGUCACAUGACACAGGAGGAGCGAGACGACAGCUCCAGAUUCAAUGAGAACAUCACCUUUGGCCAACUUGGAACGUUCACACACAACAUGCUGGCCUUUGGACUCAGCAAGAAGCUAUGCAACGACUUCCUGAAAAAGCAGGCAGUCAUUGGUAACCUGAAUGAAGAGCAAUACAAGUUACUGAGUGACCACAUUGAGGAGAUGGCAGUGGAGUGAGCAGUACCUUGAGGACCACAGAACUACCAAACCUUCCGAUGUUUCGCUGGCUAAACUUCAGUUUAAACCUGGAAACGUUCUUCUGGUUCAGCUUGAGUUAAACCUACAGAUGAUCUUCCAGCUAAUCAAGAGCUCAGCCCAGCUUGAACUUGUACAUAUUCCUCUGACAAAGUGUUAAUUGAACCUGCAUUGUUUGCUCCUGGAUAGUGGGUACCUAUGCUGUGUCUGCUCUGUUCACCCUGUUUAUCAGCAUGCAUAUACAGAAUACGCCAUGUGCACAUGCCCUGCAUGACUCCGUCUUAACUCAGUGCUGUGACUCCAACAUAUCUGAACUUAUAGUUUAUAGUGCCCCUCCUCCAAAAAAGUGUCUCAUGCUUCCAUACUUUCAGGGGACUCGCCGCUGACCGAAACCUUUACGAAUUUUAAACGACAAAAAUCUUUGAAAUAAAAAGCAUAAACAGUGACUCUGUGCCCUAGCUGGACAAUCAUUUAGUAGCUUUCCCACUUUUCCUGCUUCACUGCAUGAUCAUGGCACAGAGUAAGGUGACUCGAGCAUUCAGAAUAUAGCCAUUUUAAUUUCCUGGGUGGAAAUGUGCUGUAUAAAAUGGUAAAUUUGUUAUUGUCAUCAUAAAUUGUUCCAGCUAACUCUGGGCUGUCUACAGCCUGUAGCCUGUUGUCCACUCUGAAAAUGACUUAAUCUGGGUAAAAGUGCCUUUAAUGUAGCUGAGAGUGUUUUUUUUUUUUUUUUUUUUUUUUUUUUUUUUUUUUUUUUUGAACAGUUGUGAGCUGGACCUUUCAAUGUCACUGGUAGAGCAUCUUUCAUUCUGGACUCGUAGGUGUAAUAACCAAGUAUAACAGUGGUAUAGACUUGCUCUUAUGAAUGAUGGUUAAUGUAUUCUUUGGCCAUACAUAAGUGUACAGGUAUUUUAAUAAUUGUUUAGUGAAAAACAUAGUGGCGUUACAUACAGCUGCAUGGUUUCCCAUCGGGGAGAUGUGCAGUGCAAUUCCUACCUGUGGAACAGUUAUAGUGUAAAGGUGUGUGUGUGUGUGUGUGUGUGUGUGUGGUAAAUUCUUCUCAUUGGAGUGUGAUGCUGUGUUGUGGAAGUGGAGGCAGUACCUACAGUGCACGACCACAUGAGGGCAGUCUUUGUGUAGUUCCCAAAUCCUUCAUUUCAAUCAGCGCAUAGAGUAACUACUGCAGUAAAACUACUGUUUAGACAAAUGACAUUUUUUUAUCUGACAUCUGUGGGAAUUAUUCAGUGUACGUGUGCAGACUGUAGUUUGGAGUGAUGUUUGUUUGUCAAUAGUUAAUUUAUUUGUCCUAAUUAUAAAUAUUUACUGUAUACAAAAGAUGUUUGGAAGUUAAUUGUAUCAAAGUUUGCUGUAUCAGUGUAAAAUUAAAAUGCUGAUUCCAAAAAAAAAAAUCCUGAUAGUUAGCUACUUAUGCUUAUGUGCAUGUCUGUUCAGCAAGUCAGGAUAGGAGUUCUAGGAAUUCAGUAUCUGUGGUGUAAACUCAGGUUCUAGGUGGGAACUAUAAAUAGUCAGUGAACUUACUAUGUCCAAACCUAGAAGAGACCAUGCAGGAAUUUUGAAAGUGAAGGGUGAAAAAGGACCUUUUAUAUGUCUUUUUUUUUUUUUUUUUUUUUU